UUGACAGUCAUAUAGCAGUAUGCUCCUUCUGAGCCUGUAAGGAAGUCGAGUUGGCGAGACGCGACCCAAACCCUUGCGCUGCGACAGAACGCUGAAGAAUGGCCUGCGGAGGUUGGUUAUUAGCGGAUACAGGAGAGCUGUCGCCACUGCUGCCGGGAACGUGCCCUUCGGACGUACUGGAGUCGGGCCCGACGUUUGAGCUGGCGCUGCGCUCAUGCCCCCCGGCCAAGCUGGUCUAUGGUCACGUGCCCUCGGCCAACGUCAACGCAGCAGCCAGCCGUAUCGCCGGGCACGCGGUCAAGGGAGACGCGUGCUUGGUGCUGUCGGCCCUUACCGUCGCCAGCACCAGCGGCGGCGCCAGCUGCAGCACUGCCGCGGCGGCGCCGCUGCCGCCGCCCUCCCUGGACCUUCUGCUGGACAGCCUCAUGGGCGGCACACGCCUGGCUCAGGCGCUGCUGGCCAACCCCCGGCACCCCAACAGCGUAUGGGACCCCACCAACCCCCUACUGGCGCCAUCGCCGCCGCGCUCACCUGCCCAGGCGCAGGCACACACCGCAGGAGCAGUGGCAGCGGCAGCGGCAACAGUGACAGCGGUGGCGACGGCACCGGCGGUGGUAGUAGCGCCAGCGACGGCAAGUCCGCGCAAGCACGUGCACUGCCCGCACACGGCCAUCAAUGCCAUCCUGCAGGGUAGGAAUGCGCUCACCAAAGGCGCCGCCGCGGCAGCAGCUGACAGCUCGGAUGGCUCGCGUGCUCCACCGGCGGAGGGGCAAGCCACUGGAGCAGCGGCGGCGGUGGUAGCGGGCGUGCUGGGCCGCGCGCCGAGCUGGGAGGCGCCCCUGUCGCCGCCGUGCAAGAGCGCUCGCAACAGCCUCGAGUCGCCGCCGCACCCGCUGCACCUGCCGCGUGCGCAGCACCGCCCCGCGCACCCAGUGCACUCGCUCGCGAGCGCGCUGGCAGCGGCGGUUGCGUCCGGGGACGGCAUCGCCCGCCCCGCCAGCCCGGGCGUCAGCCGCCUAGCGAGUCAGCUGGCAGGCAGCUGGCUGGGUAGUGGCAGCGGAGGCGGCGGAGGCGCAGGCACUAGCAGUGGUGCUCAUGGCAGCCUGCAACACGCAGCUGCGGAGGUGGAGGCUUUCAGCCAGGCAGCGCACAAGCGGCGUCACUCCGGCGAAAGCGGCGAAGUUCCGCUGGCGUCGUGUACAGCGCCAGCAGGAGCGGCGGCAGUAACGGCGGCCCGCAUGGAGCUUGAUGAGGGUGCGCCGGCUGCGGCCGAGCUGCCGGGGCGAGAGAUACCCCUCGCGGGAUCCACCCAACGACGGAGUUUGCAGCAGGCGAGGCCGGAGGAGCAGGAGAAGGACAAGGAGCUGCAAUCGCCGGCGCCGGCGCUGCCGGCGCCCCAGGAACACGAGCAGGAGGUGCCGUGGCGGGAGCUGCCGUGUGACGUGGUAGCUUACGUGGCCACGCAGCUGCCGCAGCAGGCGUCACAGGCCAUCGCAAUGGCUGGCGUGUGCCGCGGCUGGCGUGUGGCGCUGCUGGCCAACCUGCCCGCCUUGCGCCGCAUCACCUUCAACCUGGACCCCACCAACCACCUGCGCACCAGCACCCACACCCGCAGCGGAACAGCUGGGGCAAACGGUGGUGACGCGAAAGGCAGCAGCAGCGGCGCUGCUGCUGACGGCUCCGCGACCGCGAACAGCACCGGCGGCGCGGGUGUGGGCGCGGGUGCGUGCGUGGGGCUGCGCCGCCGCAGCGUGGCGCGGAGUGCGGGCGGUGGCGCUGACCAGCAGCGCAGCGAGGAGGAGCAUGCGAUGGCGGCGGCGCUGAGUCGGCAGUACGGGGCCGGCGCCUUCGUGCUGCCCAGUGCGCACACGGCGGCGGGCGGCCUGGAGGGCAUGGAGGGCGCGGAGCUGUUUGGAGGCGGCGGCGUGGAGCAGCAGGAGGCGCAGGAGGAACAGGAGGCGCAAGAGCCGGUGGUGCCUCGCGCUGCCGCGCGGCGGCCGCCGGCGCUGCUGCUGGAGGCGGCCCGCGGCGCCUCCAACCCCUCCGCCCAGCUGGUCAUGGCGCAGCUGCUGGAGGGUUCGGGCGACGCCGACGGCUCUCUGCGCUGGUGGCGCAAGCUGGCGAUUGCGGGCGACGUAAUGGGAAUGUUCAAACUGGGCAUGGCCUGCUAUGAUGGCUCACAUGGCAUGCAGCCGGACCCUGAGGCCGCCCACAUGUGGCUGAGCCGCGCAGUGCGGCACAUCCUCCAGGUGGACAGCAUCACCGCCAUCCAGCUGGACGAGCAGCACGGCGGCAGCGGACCCGGCGGCGGAGCGCCGGCGGCGGCGCCGGCAGGCGGUGCCGGUGUUGCUGGUGCUGCGGGUGGUGGUGCAGCCAGUGCGGCGGGAGGAGCUGGCGGACAGCCCCGCGUGUCGCUUCGCAUGCGGCGCAAGCUGGCGUCGCUGGACCCCACCCUGCUGCGCAUGCUGGGCUGGAGCUCCAUCGUGCUGGGCUACCUGGAGUUUGAUGGUGUGGCCGGGCGCAGCGUGUGGGGCAUGGGCGACCGCAGCGAGGCGGUGCGGCUGUUCCGGCUGGCGGAGGGCUGCGGCUGCAACGAGGCGGCGGCGGUGCUGGGCUGGCUCUACAACACCGGACAGUAUUGAGCGAGCGAGUUUGUGUGCGCUUGUUGGAUAAGCGCAAGGAGAGAGUGAGUUUGUGCGCGUGCGUGCAUGCGUGCAUUGAGACAGUGUGAGAGUGUGGGCUCAGUCACGUUUGAUGAGCUGUACCGUGCUGUGUAAUGGUCUCGCAGUAUGAUGACGUCGUGUUGAUGGACAUGACGGACCGUGGCAGUGCUUUCUCGUGUGUACCAGCAUGUGUGCGGCUCGACUCCGCGGUCCGCAUCGUCCAGCACAGUGUAUCCGCUGUCAGUUGGAUUACAGCUCACCCCGUGCUUGGAGUGAGAGUGUGGUCUGUCAUGGUAGAUAGAAAACGUGUUGCGCUAUCGGCUGUUGUGUGCAUGUACCAAAUGUACAUGAGUGGCUAUGCUUGCCGAUGCCUGCGCUCUGUCAAGGAUACCUGCGUGCUGGGCGGAUGGCAUGCUAUGUUGUAUGGAGGGCAAGCACGCUGUCACUAAAGCCCAUUUGCGGUUUCGGGGCAGCUGCUGCAGCUUCGUUGCCGUUGCGCACCAGCAGCGUUGGAUUUAUAGUAUA